AUGUCUGCUCGUCUUGCAACCCGAACGAUAUUCUCUGCUCUUCGCUCGUCUAGACAUCAAGUCCGAUCAUUCCACUCGACGCUCACACGCAGCGAAAUCUUCCACAAUGCCAACGCCGAGACAUUCAAAACGGCAGUAUCGAACGAGGACAAGGUCGUCCUCGUAGACUUCUACGCUGACUGGUGCAACCCAUGCAAGAUGCUCUCGCCCAUCCUCGAGAACGUCGCCACGGAUACCCAGACUCAAACAGGCAGCGGCGCCGCCGUAGACCUCGUCACCGUGGACACCGAUGCCGAAACGGACCUGGCGAUGGAGUACAAUGUCCGCUCGCUGCCCACCGUCGUGGCCUUCCGAGAUGGCAAACCGGUGAACAAAUUUAUCGGCGCGCUCCCAGAGGCGCAGGUCCGCGCCUUCCUGCGAUCCCUCUAA